AGGCAAUUGGGAGACAGAGAGAGAGAGAGAGAGAGAGAGAGAGUCAGAGGGAGGGACUAUUUAUUAGGUGAAAACAGGGGGAGAGGAGUGUGCCUCAAGGAAAAAUGCAUCAAAUUCUCUGCCGGCGUGACGAGUCGACACCCCUCCGCCUGCGCGGGAAGUGGAACGCUCCGGCUCACUCUGGGCUCUGUUGUUGUGCAGAGCUGCAGAAGGCCUGACAGAGCCAGCCAGACAGGGAGAGAGCGAGCGGUGGGAUAGACUGACAGGGGGGUGCACACAGCGUGGAUCGGGAGCCUGGGAAUCUUUUUCAUCACCCAGUUCAGCCGGCUAUACCGGGGAGGACCGGGACAAAGGGAGGCGGGGGACUUAAAGCAGCUGCACUGACAGCAGGGAGAGUGUGUGUGUGUGUGUGUGAGAGAGAGAGAGAGAGAGCGAGAGAAAGAGAGAGAGAGAGAGCAAGGUGAAGGAGGAGAAGGAAGGAAGGAAAGGGAGGGAGGAAGGAGACUCAGGCAUGAGGAGGGGCGCUUGACUGACAUUGCUGCUUUUGCUAUCAGCUCACACACACACACACACACACACACACACACACACAUACACACCGACACAGGCAGACCCACACCCAGACCCAGACCGGCUGAGUGCUCUGCACAGGAGCCUGCUCCUUCAUCAUCCUUUGUGGAAGCCUUGUCCUCCAUCCUUUCUUCUCGUCCGAGCAAAGAGGACAAGGGAGACACAGAGAGAGGAGGAAGAGGAGGAGGGAAGAGGAGGAGGAGGAGGAGGAGGAGAAGGAGGGGAGGCAGUAACCCUCUCCUCUCCUUUGCUCAGACACACAGCUGAGAGAGAUAGGGAGAGAAGAGUAAAAAAAAAAGAGAGAGAACGCAGCUUUCUGUUCCAUUUCGCCGUCUCCUGUGGUCCCUCGGCCAGAGAGCGGCUAACAGGCACCGCUCAUGUCCGUGAACUCGGAGAAAUCCUCGUCCCCCGAAAGGCCUGAGACCCAGCAGAAAUCCCCGGUGAGCGCCCCUCCUCCCCCGCCACCCCCUCCACCUCCCCCUGAGCCGGCAGGGCCCCCGGAGCCGGAGGAGGAGAUCCUGGGCUCCGAUGAUGAGGAGCAGGAGGAUCCUGCAGACUACUGCAAAGGAGGGUACCAUCCGGUGAAGAUCGGGGAUUUGUUCAACGGGAGGUACCAUGUGAUCAGGAAGCUGGGGUGGGGCCACUUCUCCACCGUAUGGCUGUGCUGGGACAUACAGGUGAAGAAUUUUGUGGCGAUGAAGGUGGUGAAGAGCGCCCAGCAUUACACAGAGACGGCCCUGGAUGAGAUCAAGCUGCUGCGAUGUGUGAGAGAGAGCGACCCCAGUGACCCCAACAAGGACAUGGUGGUUCAGCUGAUUGACGACUUCAAGAUUUCCGGAGUCAACGGCAUACAUGUGUGUAUGGUGUUUGAGGUGCUGGGUCACCACCUGCUGAAGUGGAUCAUUAAAUCCAACUACCAAGGUCUGCCGCUGCCGUGUGUCAAGAGCAUCAUCAAACAGGUCCUGCAGGGUCUGGACUACCUCCAUACGAAGUGUAAAAUCAUCCACACGGACAUCAAGCCGGAGAACAUCCUGAUGUGCGUCGACGACGUGUUCGUCAGGCGCAUGGCCAUGGAGGCGACCGAGUGGCAGAAAGCCGGAGCUCCUCCGCCGUCGGGAUCCGCCGUUAGCACAGCGCCCCAGCUCAAACCGGUGAGUACAACAGAUGUGGGAAAGAUCUCCAAGAACAAGAAGAAGAAGCUGAAGAAGAAGCAGAAGCGGCAGGCCGAGCUGCUGGAGAGGCGGAUGUUGGAGAUUGAAGCCUUGGAGAGAGAGGCGGAGAUCAGGGAGGAGCGAGCCAAAGAGGGGGGGGAGAAAGAGGGAAGCAAACACAACCAGUCCUCACAGCUGCAGCAGCCGCCGGCGCCGGUGGGGCCCAGCAUGGCCCUGGGAGAGAGCGACGACGACGACGACGAUGACGAGGAGGACGGGGAAGAGGAGGAGGAGGAGGGAGGCGAAAAGGAGAGGCCCAUCAGGUUGACGAAUCACACAUGUGCAGCGCCUCCCCAGGAGCAGAGUGAGGCGCCCAGCAUCGCUAAUGAUGACCCCGAUGAGGGGGUGGAGGAAGAGGCGGAGGAAGAGGAAGACGAGGAGCCCACGCCCGUCGCCGAGAAAGACACCCCCAUUCCCCCAACUUCAGAAGAACCUAACGGCAAUCCAGCACAAGCAGGGGUAGAAGAGCAGGAAGAGGAGGCGGAGGAGGAGGAGGAGGAGGAUGGGGUACAACAACAAGAGGAGGAGGAGGAGAAGGUGGAGGAACUGAAAGGGACAGAAGAUGAGAAUGAGGAGGUGGUGACAGAGGAGAAGGUGGAGGAAGAGGAGGAGGAAGGGGGGGAGGACCAUAAGACGGAGACGGAGGAGGAAGCGGCAGAGGAGCCAAAGACUGAGAACAAGACGGAGGAGGAGGAGGAGGCGGCGGCGGUGGAGGAAGAGAACCCCAAAGAGCAGGACGGGGACGAGGAGGAGGAGGAGGAGGAGGAGGAGGAGGAUGAGGAGGACGAUGAUGAGGAGGAGGAAGAAGAUGAGGAGGAUGAAGAGGACGAGGACACGACCACCGACCUCCUCACGGAGAACACCUCCCCCGUCAAGCCCCAGAACAACAAGACCAACUCGGCCAAGACCAACGGCCACGUGCUGCUGGGCUCCGAGGUCCUGAAGCCCAACCCCGGCACUCCGCCGCCGCCUUCGCCCACCCCCGAGCCGCUGCUCUGCCCCCUGGUGGAGUCCGAGCUCAGCUACACCGACAGGGACAACUCUCUCAGCUCCGGCUACGAGAUGUACAACGGCGAGGUGAGCGAGCCGGCGCUGACCAACGGCUCCAGCGAGCAGCACCAGGGCCGGAUGCCGCUCUUCCCCGACCUGCCCCUGGACCCCGAGCCGGGAAACCCCGUCCCCGUGGGGACGGCCGACAUCGGGGCGGGACCGCUACCCAACAGCCCCUCUGCAGACCGCAGCCGCACCGUGUCGUCCUCCAGCACGGGAGACACACCCAAAGUCAGGGCCAGAGCCGCAGACCUCCUGAUCAACCCUCUAGACCCUCGCAACGCCGAAUCCAUUCGAGUCAAAAUCGCUGAUCUUGGAAAUGCCUGCUGGGUGCACAAGCACUUCACGGAGGACAUCCAGACCAGACAGUAUCGCUCCAUUGAGGUCCUGAUAGGAGCCGGGUACAGCACUCCCGCUGACAUCUGGAGCACUGCGUGCAUGGCGUUUGAGCUCGCCACUGGAGAUUACCUGUUUGAGCCCCACUCUGGAGAGGACUACUCCCGGGAUGAGGACCACAUAGCCCACAUCAUAGAGCUGCUGGGCUGUAUUCCGAGGCACUUUGCGCUCUCUGGAAAAUAUUCCCGGGAGUUCUUCAACAGAAGAGACCACAUCGCUCUGAUCAUGGAGCUCCUUGGGAAGGUCCCACGCAAAGUGGUCGCUGCCGGGAAGUACAGCCGAGAGUUUUUCUCCAAGAAAGGUGAGCUGCGGCACAUCACCAAGCUGAAGCCGUGGUCCCUGUUCGACGUGCUGGUGGAGAAGUACGGCUGGUCGCACGAGGACGCCGGCCACUUCACCCACUUCCUCCUGCCCAUGCUGGAGAUGGUCCCCGAGAAGAGGGCCUCGGCCGGCGAUUGCCUCAACCACCCCUGGCUCAACUCGUAGCCGCAAACAUCGGAUCAAACCCUCCUCCUCUUGUCCCUUCAACAGUUAGCCCAAACAUCACCCCCUGGCGGCGGCCCUUGGAACCACAAUGAGGA